AGAUAUGGCUCAGAAGGAACAUAGAAUCCUGAACUACGUGUUGAAAAAUGCUGUCCGCGGUAACCCGCAGAGCGUGGUGGACACGAUCGACCAUUACUGCAGCCAGAAGGAAUGGGCCAUGAAUGUGGGAGAUGAAAAAGGCCUGAUCCUGGAUCAGAUAGUGAAGGAGACUGAUCCAUCCGUGUUGCUGGAACUGGGCACGUACUGUGGAUACUCGGCUACCAGAAUUGCCCGGCUACUUAAACCCGGCGCUCGCCUCCUCACUGUGGAGAUUAAUCCAAUGCAUGCUGCCAUUGCCAAACAGAUGAUAGAAUUUGCUGGAGUGCAGGACAAGGUGCAGGUACUAGAGGGUUCAACACAGGACAUUCUCCCCAAACUAAAGACGGAGUAUGCUAUAGAAAACAUUGACUUCGUCUUUAUUGAUCAUUUUAAAGAGCGCUAUAAACCAGACACUGUGCUACUGGAGGACCUUGGGUUACUCAGAAAAGGCUCCGUAUUGGUGGCAGAUAAUGUUGUGUAUCCAGGCGCCCCAGAAUUCCUUGAGUAUGUCAGGACAAGUGUUCGAUAUGACUGCACCAACUAUCCUGCCCACGUGGAGUACAUAGAUAAGCCAGAUGCACUAGAAAAGGCAGUGUUUACAGGAUAGGCUUACAGAAGUCAUUUAUGCAAACAGCCCUAUGGUAAAGUAAGCCGGAUUGUAAUACUUGCUGUUAUGCAUUAAAAAAUUGGAUUGUAUGUUGAAUGCUACUGCUGAUGAACAUAAGAAAUAAAGAUAUACAAAUAAAUAAAAAAAAAAGAUAUCUACACAAACCAAAAGGUACUCAAAAUAUCAAGCUAGGUCUUACAAUAUUAGUUUCAAUUCCAUUCUUGCACGUGCCAAAUAUAUCAUUACAUUUUCUGAU